AUGGACACCUGUGGGAACAACUAUGCCGGCUCCAGUUGGGCAUUUUCGGAGAAGAUCCCCCUCCGGCCUAAACCAAUACAGCUGUGGAAGAAUACAUUGAUGGUUCAUUUGACCGCUGCUAUAGCUGCAUACGCGUUUUACAAGGUCACUGAACAAGUGUUGGUCUACUUCCACAAGGCUCUGGCUGCUCAUCACGUCUACCUCGACUACUUUGUUGAAAACCGACAUGGUCACUCCUGGUGUGGAUUGCACCGAACAAGGUCAGCCACGAAGAAAUCGGUUUGGCCACAGUCACAGCUCUUCGCCGAGGAGUCCCAGCUGUUGUCCACCAGUAUCACAUUCCUUUCU